GUCCAGCCAAGCAGGGAGAGAGAAUGCUCUUCCACCCACUCAGAGUCUCGGCCAAGCGGGAGGGGCCUGACGGUUUUGACGGGCGCGGCAACCAUCGUCAGGGCAGGUGAACCAGUUUAUGUCGCCGAGGCAGGUGUGGCACUUACCUGCUCAGCUUGUCAGUCAGUUUCCUUCAUUGAUGAUUGUCAGGCAGGUGGGAAUAGACUAGGUGUGUGUGUGUAAGAGUGUCGUAAAAAACACACGCCCAUCUCUGGCCGUCAUAGUAGAGUGUGUCACUUGCUCUCUCCCUGUCUUCCACGCUCAUUCAUUGUGAGUAGUGGUUCCUCGGUUGGUCUGUUCCACUCAUUGCGGUUCCAAAGAUGCCAUCCAGUUCCACCCUCGCCAGGGGUUCUGCCAAGGCCCGAAAAGCCGAGAGCGUGCAGUCGGACGGACGCACAUUCGAGGAGAUCCGACAGGACUGCCUGCGUAGGAAGGUUCUGUUCGAGGACCCUGACUUCCCCGCUGAAGACUCCACACUCUUCUACAGUCAGAGUGUGCCCAUCAACUUUGAGUGGAAGAGGCCAAAGGAGCUGUGUGAAAACCCUAAAUUCAUCCAAGGGGGCGCGACCAGAACAGACAUAUGCCAAGGACAGCUGGGGGACUGCUGGCUUCUGGCAGCCAUCGCCUCUUUGACCCUCCAGGAGGAAACCUUGGGCAGAGUCGUGCCCCACGAUCAGGACUUUGGCCACGGAUAUGCCGGAAUCUUCCACUUCCAGUUCUGGAAACACAACAAGUGGCUGGACGUGGUGGUGGACGACCGUCUCCCCGCGGUGAGGAACCGCCUGGUGUUUGUCCACUCGGCCGACAAAACCGAGUUCUGGAGCGCUCUGCUGGAAAAGGCCUACGCCAAGCUGCACGGGAGCUAUGAGUCUCUGAAGGGAGGCAGCACUCUGGAGGCCAUGGAGGACUUCACCGGGGGCGUGGGCGAGAUGUACGAAACCAAGAAGGCUCCCGACGACCUCUUCCACAUCCUCAGGAAGGCCCUGGACAGAGGCUCUAUGCUGGGCUGCUCCAUCGACAUCACCAGCUCCGCAGAAUCUGAGGCCCGGACCUCCACUGGCCUCGUCAAAGGCCACGCCUACUCCAUCACUGGCGUGGAAGAGGUGAACUACAGAGGGAGUAAGGUUCGCUUGAUUCGGGUGAGGAAUCCAUGGGGGCAGGUUGAAUGGAAUGGCCGAUGGAGCGACGAUUCCAGAGAGUGGAAUACGAUCGACAAGGCGGAGAAGGACCGUAUUCUGCAGCGCUCCACGGAUGAUGGAGAAUUCUGGAUGGAGUUUGAUGACUUUAAGGCCAACUUCGAUAAGAUUGAGAUCUGUAACCUGACCCCCGACUCCCUGACGGAUAACGUGAAAAGGAAGUGGGAGGUGAACCAGUUCGAGGGCAACUGGAUCAGGGGCUCCACCGCCGGAGGCUGCAGGAACUUCAUAGACACUUUCUGGACGAACCCGCAGUUCAAGCUGACCCUGGAGGACGCGGACGACGAGGACGACCAGUGCAGCGUGAUCGUGGCCCUGAUGCAGAAGAACCGCCGCGAGCUCAGGAAGGAGGGACUGGACCUGGAGACCAUUGGCUUCGCCAUGUAUGAGGCCCCUGAGGACGAGGACCACCUGGGGAAGGACUUCUUCCGCUACCACCCGUCUAAGGCGCGCAGCCGCACCUACAUCAACCAGCGGGAGGUGUCGGAGCGCUUCCUGCUGCCCCCGGGCAAAUACGUGCUGGUGCCCACCACCUUCCAGCCGCACCACGAGGCCGACUUCAUGCUGCGCAUCUUCUCCGAGAAGAAGGCCAACACCAUGGAAAUGGGGAACACUAUUGAGGCUGACCUGCCAGACCCUCCCAUGCCCAGCUCCCCAGAGGAGGAGACAGACGAGGAGAAAGGCCUGAGGAGGCUGUUUGUGCAGAUCGCCGGCUCGGAUCAGGCCAUUAGUGCUAGAGAACUGCAACAGGUCCUCAAUGGUGUUUUAGGCAGAAGGAAAGAGAUCAAGUUUGAAGGCCUCACUCUGAACACCUGCCACAGCAUCAUCAACCUGAUGGAUGUGGACAACACAGGCACACUUGAAUUUCAGGAGUUUAAAGUCUUCUGGGAAAAACUGAAGAAAUGGAUUAUGUUGUUCCUGUCCUUUGACACGGAUCGCUCAGGCCGCAUGUCUUCAUAUGAGCUCCGCAUUGCUCUCAAAGCAGCAGGUAUGCAUCUGAACACUAAACUGCUCCAGCUGCUGGGCCUCCGUUUUGCAGAUAAGAACUAUGACAUUGACUUCGACGACUACCUCACCUGCAUCGUGCGUCUGGAGAACAUGUUCCGAGUCUUCCAAGCAAUGGACAAGAUGAAGAAGGGAGAGGUGACUAUGAAUAUGCAACAGUUCCUUUUCUUAUCUAUGAACGUCUGAAGGAUGCAGCAAAAACCGCAAAGGCAACACGAGGCAGGGGAAAUCCCACCACUGACAAGCAAACAAACAUUGUUUGACCGGACCGGCUUACCGCCUUGGAACGUUUUCCUCUCUGAAUGACUUGUUCCGGUUAUGUUGUUUAUUCUAUAUUCCAGUCUGUAUUGUGACUAUUUCUACAUAGGCUACAGUCUUUUAUCCUCAAUAUUAUGUGUGUAUUCUAAAUGGCCGAUGGAAAAAGGAGGGUUAUAUUGAUAUAAAACUUUCAUUAACUUGAAUUAUUCUGGAAGCAGCAUUCUUUUUCCAAAGAACAUUUGAGAAAGCUCCUUUCUAGUAGUUACAGCAGCAUUAACAAAAUAUUUGCAAGGAGACUCAUUUUGAACAUUCAGGUUUCACUUCAGGUUUUCCCAUUGGCAAAAUGUCAUCAAUAAAAAUGUCAUAUUACUGAAAUGUAUUAGUAGUAUGUCCAUGUGUGUGUAUUUGAAGACUCACAACAAACAUAAACAAAGUCUUUGUGGCUGCUGUGCAUAUUACUACUACUACUCUGAAUAAAAGCUGAAAACAGUCCAUAACAA